GGCGGUAAAUUAAAGAAGAAGAAGCAACAGAAAGGGCGACGUAAGAAAUUUGGGAGUUUUCAUUCGCAUUUUCCAGGCAACUGAACGGAAUAUGUAAGCCAGGCCAACGACACGCCGACCCAACUCACCGAAGCCUCGCCACAGUAGCCAAACGCUACGAACAACGCCUGCUGCGAGCAGUACAACUUGCUUGGGAAUCUCCCACUUGAUCCAAUUGGGAAUUUUACACCUGGCAGCUGUUGGGACACAAAAGUCAUGUCUUCGUCAGCCAUUUUCGUGCUGGACGUUAAGGGCAAGGUGCUGAUAUCGCGGAACUACCGCGGUGACAACAUCGACAUGGCCGUGAUUGACAAAUUUAUGCCGCUGCUGAUGGAACGCGAGGAGGAAGGCUUGAUAACCCCGAUCCUUCAGACGGCGGAGACCACGUUCGCGUACAUCAAGACCAACAACCUGUAUAUCGUGUCCACGACGCCGCGCAACAAGAAUGUAAAUAUUGCCUUGGUCUUCGUCUUUCUCCACAAGAUAGCCCAGGUCUUUGUCGAGUACUUCAAAGAGCUGGAGGAGGAGUCCAUUCGGGACAAUUUCGUGAUCAUCUACGAGCUUCUGGAUGAGCUCCUGGACUUUGGGUAUCCGCAGACCACCGACUCGAAGAUCCUUCAGGAGUACAUCACGCAGGAGGGCCACAAGCUGGAGCUACAGCCUCGCAUACCCGUGGCCGUGACCAAUGCUGUCUCCUGGCGCUCCGAGGGCAUCAAGUACCGCAAGAAUGAGGUCUUUCUCGACGUGAUUGAGUCGGUCAACUUGCUGGCCAACGCCAAUGGCAAUGUGUUGCGCAGCGAGAUUGUGGGCGCCAUCAAGAUGCGGGUCUACCUAUCGGGAAUGCCUGAGUUACGUCUGGGUCUCAACGACAAGGUACUUUUCGAGAGCACCGGUCGCGGAAAAUCGAAGUCCGUCGAGUUGGAGGACGUCAAGUUCCACCAGUGCGUGCGGUUGUCCCGUUUCGAGAAUGACCGCACAAUCUCGUUUAUUCCUCCAGAUGGCGAGUUCGAAUUAAUGUCCUAUCGUCUGAAUACGCAUGUCAAACCCCUGAUAUGGAUCGAAUCGGUGAUCGAGCGGCAUGCCCACUCCCGAGUGGAGUAUAUGAUCAAGGCAAAGUCACAGUUUAAGCGGAGAUCGACUGCCAACAACGUAGAGAUCGUCAUACCGGUGCCCGCUGACGCGGACUCGCCCAAGUUUAAGACGACCAUUGGCAGUUGUAAGUACGCUCCAGAGCAGAAUGCCAUCAUCUGGACAAUCAAGUCGUUCCCGGGUGGCAAGGAGUAUCUUAUGCGUGCUCAUUUCGGACUGCCGAGUGUGGAGAGCGAGGACAAUACGGAGGGAAAGCCACCUAUUCAAGUGCGUUUCGAAAUUCCCUACUUUACCACCUCUGGCAUCCAAGUACGCUAUCUGAAGAUCAUCGAGAAGAGUGGUUACCAGGCGCUGCCGUGGGUGCGGUACAUUACGCAGAACGGCGACUAUCAGCUACGCACCAAUUAAGGGGAGCAACUCCCAACCCAGCAUCAUUCCAGCCAAGCUUCAGCGAGUCAUCCCUGCAACAGGUAGCUUCAUCUCCACCCGCGUUUUUGUCUGCGAUGCGUUGCGUUAAGUCAAAAGUAUAUAUUUGUAUUUGUAUUUGUAUUGUUUCAGUAUAUGUAUAUUGUAUGAAAAUCAAAUCUAAUAAAUUUUAACACCUUUUCAUAACA